GUGCAGCAGGGAGGAUUAUUCCAGCAGCGCCUCUUUCCGCUCCGUCCACUUUAAGGCAACAUUUUGGUUUAAAGGAUUAUCCCGGUCUCACAACGUGCAUGCGCAAACCCAAAGUGCGCGCAGGGAGAAGAGGCGAGGGGCGCUUCGCUGAUAAUCCAACGACCAAAAAUGCGCCCGUUCCGUAAAUAAUCGCCUACAAAGAGCGGCGGGGGAUGAAGCGACGGAGCUUCAAAUUGUGAUGCUACCUGACUCUAGAAGUGGACUGAAUCAGAAAUGAUGCUCCAAUAUGAUGGAAAGGUGUAAAUCCAACUCUGCUGUCUCCUCAUAAGACUGGACACACACCAGUACUCCCACAUGGACACCCAGGGCUUACGUGAGAUUUCAGUUUCUGCAUCGAGGGCAGGAUGACUAACUGUGAGCUGAUUGAGCUGAAGGACCUCAGUGUGACUGAUACCAUCGAGCUGGCUGCUCCAUCCGGACACAUCGCCCCGGCGCCUGCAUAUCCGGGCCAGCCAAGCCUCCACCGCGUCGUCCGUCUGGUUGGAGACAGCGUCAGCAUCGAGGGACCGGUCCGUCAUGCGAGAGGGGGUGCCGUGGGCCAUGACUUCCAGCCCUACGGCUACACACAUCUUACCUGGUGUGACCUGUGUGGAGAAUUCAUCUGGGGACUCUAUAAGCAGUCCCUGCGCUGUGCCAACUGCAGCUACACUUGUCACUACCGCUGCCGACCGUUCAUCCAGCUGGACUGCAGCACGCAUGGAAGUGUGGUAACAGAGGACGCAGACUGCAGUGAGGACUCCAUUGAGACCGACACAAAUGUGGAUGAGAAGACUGAACUGGGUAGACAAGAGCUAAGUGUUGUCGAGGUUCAGCAGAAGGUGAAGGAGUACAACGCUCUGAUUAACAACAAUCUCUACAUGGUGGACAAUAAAGAUGGGACAUACACAGGUUUCAUAAAGGUCCACUUCCAGUUACUUCGUCCCAUCUCCCUACCACCUUCUCGGAGCCAGAGCUGGACAGAGGAGGAGGAGGAUCAAAAGGACCGACUGGCGAAGCGGCGGACGUCUUUCUACCUCCCCAAAGAUGCGGCAAAGCACCUUCAUGUGAGCUCAGAAACCCGGGUGCGAGAAGUCAUCGAGGCGUUGCUCAACAAGUUCACUGUGGUGGACAAUCCGGCAAAGUUUGCCUUGUUUGAAAGUGCUGAAAAGCAAAGUCAAGUGUUCAUGCGUAAGCUGUCUGAUGACGAGCGCCCUCUGUUUUUGCGCUUGUGUGCUGGCCCCAGUGAGUCAGCCUUGAAACUGGUUUUAAAGGAGAACGAAACCGGGGAUGUCAAUUGGGAUGCCUUCAGCUUUCCUGAGCUGAACAACUUUCUGCGAAUCUUGCAACGCGAGGAAGAAGAGCAUGUGCGGCAGAUCGUGAAGCGCUACGCUCAUGCAAGAGACAUGAUAAGGCACGCGAUGGCCCGCGUAACCACCCCUGGUUGACAAAGAGAGACUCUAAGGAUCCUUCAAGUUUGGGAGAACUUUCUCAUGGAAAUGGGAAUCUUUACGGGUGAUGUGAAAGGGAAGGAAAAGGGAAAAGAAAUGAGUUUCAGAGAAUAGUUUGUUAAUGAAACAGGAACACAAGUGUUUACAUUUUAUCUGAGCUACUGAAAGUAUCACAUCAUGCUGUCUUUUGUCACACAUUGGCACUUUAAUAAAGUUGUGAUUUGGAGUUGGGUGUGGGUUUAUAUGCAAAUCAUCUAAUAAACUGAUCUUAGUAA